UGAGAAAUGAGAUUUUGGGGAUAAGAUUUCAAAUUUUGAAAAAUAAAAAAAUUAAAAUUUUCAAAAGAUAAAAUGCUAUUUUGAUCAUUUUAGUUUUUGAGUGCUAUUUUUGUGAUAUAAACUUAGAAAGAUGUUAUUUUGGAGAUUUGCCAUCUUUUUAUACUUUUAUGGAUUUAAACACCCCCAGUCAAUAGUCAACUAGUCAAUUACUAGAUUUUAACAUUUAUAUCACUGAGAAAUGAUUUUCUUUUUUGGGGUGUACGUGCAUGUUAUGAACAGAUGUGACAUACACAAUCGAUGCAACAAGAGGAUUAGUUUAUCUAUCAGGAAGAGCCAGCCCUGAGAUUGUUCUAAGGAUUCGUAAAGCAAAGAAACAUGCAAAGUUAAUCCACAUGGAUUACGGUCACGUUAUUCCUCCUCCCUACAAUCCUCCUAAUCCUUACGAAGCCGUACCUAUCACAUACAAUUACCAAAAUACAUGGCCACCGUCGCCGUAUCAGUCGCCGAUGUACCAGCCGACGGCGCCGCCGUCUCCUAUGACGCAGUAUAUGUACUACCGCCAAGACCCAAAUAUCCAACAACCUCAUCCUAUGGCGUUUCCGUAUAACUAUUAUCCGUACUACGUACCGGAGGUGCUUCAAUCUCCACCGCCGUAUAUACCGACGCGAGAAGGCGUCACCGGCGAGCAGCAGUGUCGUAUCUUGUGAAGAGGAUGUCGUAUUAGCGCUGAAGCAUUGAUUUGGUAUUUUUUUUAUAUAUAUCAAAUCAUGCACAAACAAAUGGUUUUAAUUUUCAUCACAUUUCUUGUUUUUUUUUGUCACAUUUCUCAUACUGUAAUCACAAGGGGAUGAUAUUAAUUGCAGACUCUAGCAAGUUAUGAGAUUAAUUUUGUCUUUCUAUAUGUCUAUAAUGACCCAAAUAAAUGAUUCCAGUUGUGUGUUAAAAAAAAAAUUAUAUGCACUCGUGUGUUGAUUAAUUUAUUUGAAAUCAUUCACCAAAUUUAACAACUCCACCACUUACACAAGGAUUUGGAUAAGUAAACAUGACCAAGAAGGCAAUAAAACAGAGCUGAGGUGAGAAAGAUUUAGAAACAUUCAAAGAGAAAAUAGAGUAGAGAAUUGAGAGUGGCAAAAUAAUGGAAGCGGCAAGAAUGUGUUUUGGUCCUAAAACUCUCCCUCACCUUUGCAACGGUGCUCAUCUUUAUAUUCCGACCAAACUUUCGCUAUUUCUUCACAACAAAGUUUCUCUUUCUCGGAGAGCGACAAAACACAAGUUGCUGUUGUGUGGCUACGAGUAGUCGUCCCUUGACUCACUUUGCUCCGUCUCUUUGGA